AGACUUGAUGUCAGAAGACUUACAGGGUGUGCUAAGUGGUGGUUUCCCAUCCUUUCAGGCUGUUGGCCUGAAGUAGUACUAAAUAGAUUUAAAUAGUGGAGUAGGGUGGUGUUAUUUUGUAUUAUUAUUACUUUUUUGUGAGUGUUGUGUUUGAUGGUAGGGUAUUUCUUUAUUCAAGCAAAGUAUAAGGGAGUUGUACUCCAGUCUAAUAGGUGGCUGUAAUGCAACAUUUAUUGGAUGCCAACUGCAGUUAAACCUCAUCGAAGAAGAAAGCGUCUCGUCUGCUGGAAAACCACACGAAGAAGAAGCAGAAGAAUGGGAGUCAUUGGCACUACAAAAUAAAUAAAGUCCAGAAUCCGGAAAGAAUUUAAAACAAUGCCGGUCAUCUAUGUACCGCUAUAAGCGCAGUUUUUCCCCAUUGGUACAUUCUGUAUCGUGUUUGUAAACUGUGGCUAUCUUUGCACGGAGUUAACGCUUGUUUUGUGUGAUUACGCCGAAGUCUAAGAAGAGGCCUAGCCGGGUGCAGAAGAAGCGGUCCCACUGUCUGAAGAAUAUGUAACAUACAUCAAUCACCAUGACAUCCAGAUUUGGUAAAACCUACAGCCGUAAGGGAGGGGAGGCAAACUCCAAAUUUGAAGAGGUCUUCUCCAACAAGGCCACACUUAGCACCAAAUGGGGAGAGACCACUUACAAGGCCCAACUGGGCUCUAAGCGGCCCACUCUGAAGCCUGAAGUAGUCGAGUUACUCAAGAGGCCACGGAUUGAGGAUGAUGACAGCUCAGAAGAUCCUUUUGGUUUUGACAGCGACGAUGAGUCCAAGCCUGUCACCUCCUUCGGUGUGCCCCAGUCUAAACUGGCUGAGGGUGAGGCCAGUAACCUGCCUUCUGCUACAGCCACAGUACCAGUGGAUAUCAGUAGGAACUCCAACAGCACAUCUACAGGCAAGCAAACAUUGUCCAAUGAGGGUGCAGAAAAGAGUAAACAGUCCUUGUUCAGAAAUAAAUCAGAGAGUAACCAGAAGCCUAUUGCUCAGUCCUCUGUUUCGAAGACUGUGCCCAAGGACCCCUAUGUGGAAUGGAGCCUAAUAGGAACCCAGGAGUUUUCUACCUCCUCCCCUAGCAUGGAUCCUCUCCAGGAAAAAGACUCAGCUGAGGCACCAGGGUUUAGUGGGGACUCCCAGUCCUCAUCUUCCAAGGAUGGGCUCUCCUCAGGUGGGAUGAAAAGUGCUGAACACGAGUCUCCGGCCGAGCCGGUUGUUGACAACAUCCCUCCCUCCCCGUUCCUCCUCAGGCCGUCCAAUACUAGGAAAUACAUCCGGCCCAAGCCAAACAAGGCCUCCGAUGUUCUAGAUGCUUCUGCUACUAGCGACAGCAAACUGCCUGUAGCCACCAGCAGUCCGGCUGCACUGAUUCCCAAAAGUGUGUCCACUGCCAGGGGUUGCACUAAUGCUAUCACAACAGUGGCCAAACCGGCGACUAAACCUGCUGGCAGGGGUCGGGUACGGGACUAUACGGUGCUGCACCCAUCCUGCCUGUCGGUAUGUAACGUCACCAUCCAGGACUCCAUAGAGCGCAGCAUGGACGAGCUCAUCACCAGCGCACCCCCUGCUGACCUGGGGGAGGCGGGACGGCUGAGGAAGAAGGCAGACAUACCUCCAGCCAAACCCACCAGGUCCCGAACCACCCAGAGUAAGACCAAGAAGGAGACCAAGCUGGAGUUCUUUGGCUUCGAGGAUAAAGGUGACCAGGAGGGGGAGGAGGGAGUUGACCACACGGCCGGCGGAAGCAGCAGCUACAAGAUCAAGUACUUUGGCUUUGACGACCUCAGCGAGAGCGACAGUGAUGAAGAGGAGGGCUCCCAGGCCAAAGAGAAGAGGAAGGCCAAGAAGGCUGCAGCAGCUGCAAUGGCAGCUAUUGUGGACAGCCCCCAGCCCAGCGACUCUCAGGACAGCCAGGGCAGCAGCAGUACAGAUAUUCAGGAGUUUUCUGAUGACUCGAUCCCUGGUGGGUCUGAAGGGCAGAAGGGUCGCUCAGGAAAACAGGGGGACAAAUCCAUGGAGGCUGGCAGGAAGAUCUUCAGUGGGCCCAAAAAGUCCCCUGCUAAAGCUGUGUACAAUGCCCGCCACUGGAACCAGCCCGAGCCUGAAGAGAUGCCCAUGCCACCCCUGGCCCGCGCGCACACUGCUCCGGCCAGCGUAUUGAGCGGAAGCAGCAAGGACACCAACUCCCACAAGGAUGACGGUCUGUUCAAAGCUCCUCCCCCACCGCCCAAAGUCAUCAAGUCUGUGACCAUCCCCACUCAGCCUUACCAGGACAUCGUCACGGCCCUCAAAUGCAGAAAAGAACACAAGGAGCUGUACACGGUUGUGCAUAAUGUGAAGCACUUCAACGAUGUGGUAGAGUUUGGUGAGAACCAGGAGUUUACUGACGACUUUGAGUACCUGGAGACUGGCCUGAAGAGCAGCCAGCCACUCAACACACGGUGCCUUAGUAUAAUCAGUCUAGCUGCAAGGUGUGCAAUGCCCAGUUUCCGGAUGCACCUACGGGCCAGAGGGAAGGUGGCUCAGGUCUUCAAGAUGUUGAAUGAUGCCCCGCAGCAUCCGAACCUUGCCCUGUGUACGGCCUCUCUAAUGUACAUUCUAAGCAGAGACCGGUUGAACAUGGACCUGGACCGGGCCAGUCUGGAGUUGAUGAUCAGACUGUUGGAGCUGGAGCAUGACCACUCGGGCCACCACCAGGACCAGCUGACUGCCAAGGAGAUGACCAAGGUCAAGGAGAAGAUUCGCAAGUUGUGUGAGACGGUCCACAACAAGCACCUGGACCUGGAGAACAUCACGUCGUGUCACUUGGCCAUGGAGACCCUGUUGUCGCUGACCUCAAAGAGAGCCGGCGACUGGUUCAAAGAGGAGCUGCGCUUACUGGGAGGCUUGGACCACAUUGUAGACAAAGUAAAAGAAUGUGUCCAGAACCUGAGCCAAGAGGAUGACAAGGAGAAGCUGGUGUCGUCGCUAUGGGGGGCAGAGAGGUGUCUAAGAGUACUAGAGAGUGUGACUGUCCAGAACCCAGAGAACCAGGGCUACCUGAUCGCCUACAAGGACUCUCAGCUCAUAAUGUCCUCUGCCAGAGGUUUGCUGUACUGUGUGGACAUGAUCCAGCGCUACAGCCGGGAGGUGAAUAGCUCUUUGUGUUCGUCAGGCACGGCGAUGCCCCACCCCAGCUUUAGCAACGUGGGCAAGGCCGUGGAGGACUGCAUGAGGGCUGUCAUAGGGGUUCUGCUCAACCUCACCCACGACAAUGAGUGGGGAAGCACUAAGACUGGAGAGCAGGACCAGCUUAUCAUCACAGCACUCAACUGCGUCCUACGGGUCCCACGCUACAUACCUCAGGAACAACGCUUUGACAUCCGAGUCCUGGGCUUGGGGCUGCUGAUUAACCUGGUGGAGUACAGUGCAAAGAACCGCCACAGUCUGGUGGACAUGGAGUUCAACACAACCAGCCCUGAAUGCAGCCAGGGAGAGGCAGGAGGAGAUGAGACCCAGACCCCUGAACCAGUCCCAGCCUCUACAGAGAUCGAGAACGGGGCAGAGCCACCUACAGCAGCCCUUUCAGAGGGUGCUGAGGAGAAGACCAAGGACUCUUCCUCGGGUGCCCUGGCUGCUCUGGUGCAGUUCUUCCUGGAGCGGGAGCGAGCGGCCAUAUUGGCCGAGGCACAGACUGAUGACCUCAUCAGUGAGGCGCCCAAACCCCAGGACCAGAGCGGGGAGUGGCAGGAGACGUCGGGCGAGAUCCAGUGGGUCGCCACGGAAACCAACGACAGUGAAAAUGACAAGGAGAAGGACACAAAGAAAGAGGAGGAAGAGGAAGAGCUGGACCUCAACAAAGCUCUGCAGCAUGCUGGGAAGCACAUGGAGGACAGCAUCGUGGCCUCCUACACAGCUCUGCUCCUGGGCUGUCUGUGUCAGGGCAGUCAGGUUAAUGUGAUUAAUGUGCGGGGAAACCUACCCAAAGGAGAUUUCUCCAUCAUGACGGAAAUGCUGAAGAAGUUCUUGAAUUUCAUGAACCUCACUUGUGCAUUUGGAACCACAGGGCAUAAAUCCAUCUCUCGUGUCAUAGACUACCUGGAGCACUGUUAGCUAAUCCUUCUUUGCACUCUGACUGCACAUAACGGUCCUGCUAGAUCUGGCAACCCCAGCAGGAGGGGCUAUACAGAGAAUCCACCAGAGGUCAACAGUGUUCCGCGGCAACGCUUCAACCUGCGUCCUCAUUCUGAAGAGCAAGACACACAAACUCAGCACUUUCUGAACCAAAGCCACGUAAACAUGUACCGUUGAUUUUAAUCAAUGCUGUUUUAAAUCUUCACACCAUCCAACUACUGGUAAGAUUCCUAGUUGCAGAGGACAGCUUGAGACUGCUGGCAUGUGGAGUGAGUUUAUAUAUAUAUAUAUUGAAUCAAGGAUGUAAUCAUUGAUUAGCUUAAAGAGCACUCAUGGACACGUGUCAACAAUGUCUCUUAAGUUGUGUGGAAUGGUUGAAUGCACAAGAUCAGUGUAGCCAUUUAUAUGUUUGCCUCUGACGGUUGUAGAAAAGGGAAGGUCAUUGUGGAAGACCCCUGUAGUUCUCUCUAAGCUAAGCUUCAGCUCUGAAUAUGUCCAUUAUCUGUAUAAGCUUACUGUCACGUUGAAAUUCACCUCUGUUGAAUUGUUUUUUUUCUUCAGUGCAUCAUGCUUGUUUAAGUUCUUAGAAUGGCAUGUCAUUUAACAAUCUAAAUAGAUUUAAAAGGGCUCAGCAGCUCUGGAUGACUGUUAAUGUUAUUUAAAUCUUUGUUUUAAAAUAAUGGCACUUGGCAUUGUUUUCCUUCCUGCCUUUCCCAAUUUGACUUUACAGUAAAGAAAUAGAGUUUUGUUUGUUUUUAAAAUAGCAGUUCAGAUGAUUUUAAUGAUUGUGGUUUCCAUGUAUUUAUUUUACCAUUAAUGAUCCAGAUCUGAUGCUGCUUAAGAUGUUUCAAGUCUCUGUGCACUUCUUUACCUUUUACAUGUUCCACCGAACAUGUCACUUGAAGUGGCUGGGUAUAAUAACUGCUGUAUAUACGGUUUUAUUAGACUCAGAGAGUCCUUGGUAAACCGGCCUGACAUGAAUAAUAACCAAACCUCAGCCAACUGGCAUAAUCCUCACUGAAAAGGAUUGUUCUUUGCCUACUAUAUUGUAACAUUUGUUCUGUGGGCAUUGUAUCUAACCACUUCAAGUAGUGCCUAUCCGGAACGAACACCUAGCCCAGGGUUCGCCUCUGGUCCCGGAGAGCUGCAGGGUCCAUCCAGUCCUGCAAUAACACACCUGAUUAAUAUAUAUAUAAUAAAGAUCAAAUCUAAUCAAUUGUUACUGCAAGGCUGGAUUGUAAGCCUAUAUACCUAGUACCCUGUGUUGGUGACCCCUGUCCUAGCCCCAACCCCCUAGGUACUUGUGGAGGUCUGAGAGGACUGGAUGGUAAUUCUACCUAGCCUAACAGAGGGAAAAGUGAAGUUGCUACCAUAUCUUUUAUGCAUAUCCUUUCGGCUCUACACAAGUGGUGGCAGUGGUUGGCUUUGUGUCUUAUGUCUAGUUGGACCUGACCUUCCUACUCUGAGCGGUGAAUCCCCUUAACAUCCUUCCAGCUAUACUAUAACUAGUCCUUGUCCUCCAAGAAGAUAGUGUUUGACUGACAGCUAUACUGAUAGCCAUUUCAUGUCAUUUCCCUCUGAUUUGUAGAGCUGCAGUUGAACAGACAUGUUUCUUGCGAGUUGAUUUGCAAAUCUGGUCGUGGAUGGAAUUUCAGAAUGUAAAUAAAAACAUCUGUAAAUAGUGGUUAAUGGAUGUUAGAAUGCUAGACUACUUUUCUGAAGCUGAUAUUUUUAUUUUAUACAACAUUUCUCAGUUGUCAUUUGAAGUAAAAACAAAAAAUGUAUAAAAAAAGACAACUGCAAGGCAAAAAAAUGUUUGUACUGGUUUUGAGGACAUUCUUUGGCUCCAUGUAAAGAAUUGUAACUCAAAUAAAAAGUUGCUACUUUCAGUAUA